GAGGAGGGGACAGCGGGGACAGGUGGAGCGGGCGGCGGGCCCCGGGGUGGUGCGGUGCGGAGGGACGGCGGCCCCAGGGAGCUGGGCUGGGGCCGGGGGCACAGCGGGGCCGGGGUGCGGGCAAGGCGGCCGCGGGGAGCCGGGCCGGGCGCGGGGGGAGCGCCCGGAGCGCGGCCGGCGGUGGAAGUUGUUCGCGCAGUUAUAAUUAGCCCGGCCGGGGUCUGAGCGAGCCGGGCGGAGGAAGGGGGAGGAGUGUAACUUUUCGCAGCUCGGGAAGCCCAAGGCUGUCUCUGGUUACCGCUGCCCACGGCCGCGGGGGGGGCGCGGGACGCCCGCAGGAAGCACCGACGCUCCUUCCACAAAGGCCAAAUGGUGGCAGGAGCCGCGGGAGCGGCGGCGGGAGGGCGGCAGGAAAGGGCUUUCCCUGGAUCCCAGCGGUUCCAUCCUGGUACUCCUCAUUGCUGCCGCUUAGUAGUUGCGAUUUACGUAUAAGCUGCAAUUACAUUUUUAAUAGUAGGUUUUGUUCGGCGUAGGAAACGUGUGUUAGUCUGGGCUACGAGCAGGUGGAUACUACCGGAGGAGCAUAAGAUUGGUCUUUAUGCAUAUUGCAGAUUAAGCUCGCAAAUAGGUGGAGUUAAUAAUUUCUGCCCUAGUUAGGCCUGGAAUUUUUCAAACUGUGUUGGAAUGCUCGUUUCUAAAAGCAUAGGUAGGAGCCUUAUGCAGUAGUUUUCCACUUAAUUUUUGAUGUGGGUAAAAUUCCGUAGUUCAGGCAGCUAACUGCAGUGUGGGAAAUACCAUUAAUGUUGAAAUGAUGCUAUAAUCUCCAAAUUCUGAAGUGACCCCUAAAUAUGAACUAUUAGGAAGGGAAGACAAAAAGUAAUCCACUAGAGAUACAAUUAAUAGUGAUUUGCAGCUACUCUGUGUCUUCUAUGGUUGUUUUUUUUUUUCCUAACAGAUUGUAAAAACUAAACCUAAUAACCUUGGUUCUGUACUUCUUCCUGACACUCAACCAACCCAGUGUGAAAUCAUACAGGGCAAAAGUCAAAACCUCCACAGUUACUUCUGCAGGAAUCCUUUGAAGUAUCUAAUAAAGAAAUUAAAUUUGAAAACUUCUUGACUUCAUCUCCUUCUAGCAAAAUAUUGGACUUCUAAAACACAAUGUAUAGAGAAUGCAGUGACUGCACACCUCUCCCUGUGACCCAAGAAGUACACUUUAUUGAACCUCAGUAGUGACCAUCUGAAGUGCUGCUGUUUCAGAGCAAAUAGUUCCGAGGUUCUGUAAGCGGAGGAGCCCUUUGGUAGCAUCAGGCUUUGAGUUGCUAUGUAAGAUGAACUGUAGGCGUUUACUUGCCCGUCUGUCUGAAUCCUCAUCAUCCUACCUCGGUGGAUGGCUUGGCCUCUGGGAUAGUUCAAGACUCUUGGAUGACCACGCUUUAUGCAAAAUCCAGAAUCUUCCUGCCUGGACUCCUCUCUGUUUUCUAAGGGUUCAUGUUGGGGAGAGGCCUAAAGCGCAAGCUGAGUGACUAUGAGGAGAGCAUGGCUGGUCUCUCGAGUGCCUUUGAUUCCAGUCGAAGUCUGUCCUACCCGCUCAAGAGGCAGCUGGUGCUCAACAUGUGCCUCACCAAGUUACAGACGUACAAAAUGCUGGUGGAGCCCAACCUGCACCGCUCCGUCCUCAUCGCCAACACCGUGCGGCAGAUUCAGGAGGAGAUGAGGCAGGAGAGCAACCAGCAGCCAGUGAAUAUCUGCCCUGGCAUUGCUCCUGCUUCUCACAGCUACGCAGGCAUGGAGUCACCUGGCAUUGCCCUCCAGUUGCCUUCAGGUGUGGGUCAGCAGGAGUCUCACUGCUGUGACCUGCGCUCUGUGGAAGACCCGAUUGAGAACAGCCUGCUGAUCGUUUCAGACGACGACAUGUCAUCUGCUAUUUCAUCUAUUCUGAAGGAUUUAGACUUUGUAGAAGAUAUAAGCCCACCUACUUGUCUGGUUCCUACUGGAGAUGACCAGCCAAAGUUUCCAGAAAAUACUGGUCUGAAACUAGAAGAUGACAGACAGGAUUUGAAGGGAGCUGAAUGUGUGUUUGGUUCCUUUGAGAUUUCAAAUUCAACCAGUUACUUGAAGGAUUUGGCAAUAGAUGAUAUUUUUGAAGAUAUUGACACUUCAAUGUACGAUUCAGACUUCUGUUGCCCUCCCUUGAUGCCGCCCAGAUCACCAUCUCUUGCUACAGAAGAACCAUUGAAAACCUUCCCAUCUUGUAACUCUUCUUCAGCAAACAACAUUCAGAUAUGCAGAACAGAUCUGAGUGAGUUGGACCACAUCAUGGAAAUUCUGGUUGGAUCCUGAUACUUGUUUUACCCAAAGAUACUUUUAAACUGCCACUUUAAUUUGGUUUCAGGAUAAAAGCCACUGGAAUAGUUGUAAAGAAUUCUUUAAAAAGCAAACUAAAUAAUAAUUUGUCCAUAGUAGGAUUUUCUAAAUAAUUCCAAAACUUAUAAACCAAAAAAGUGGCAGAUUUUUUUUUUUAAAGAAAGAAAAUUAUUUAUCAGAACUGUGCAAUCAUCAUUUUCCUUCCAGGGUGUAUGUGGAACAAUGGGCACAUACCCUCAUCACCCCUCAUGCCUCUUUCAAAAACUUUUUUAUGUGCAAUUUUUAAUUUGACAGAAGAAUUUACUUGCAAAGCAAAUUUCAUGCGAGGUGAUCUUUUACAAAGCCUCCACUUUAUUUUUAAUAUCAGAGUUUAUGCCAAGCUGGCAUCUGUCAAGUUGCAGAGUUAGAUUGUGUGGAUUGCAGACAUGUUACUAGAGAUGGGUAUAUUUUAAAAAUGAGACACGCUUUGCUUUCUUUUGGUCAGAAAAGCAGAUCAAGACACUUACCAACAAAGUCUCUUGCAUUUUCUAAAGCAUUCAGAACUAUUUAUUUUUGUAAAUUUUAUAGUCUUUCUACAUUUUACUACGUUAUUUCAUCAUAGUUCAAAUAUAAUGAACUUCUAGUUGGAUGUGUUUAGCACUACCUCUGAGCUGAAAUGCUUUAACUCUUUCCAGUGCUUCAUCUGAGACUGCAAAUCCUUUUGUUUCUGUUUCUUUCUGGGGGAAAGUACUUCUAACUCAUUCAGUUGAUCCUUUGACAGUGACCUAGCUGAUUUGUAAAAUCAAGGGUAUUCAAUGUUUAAAAACUUUUAAGUAUUUACAAAUUAAUUUAUAUGUAGAUUGUGCAAUUUAACAUUUUUCUGUCAGUAUUAUGUGCUUAGAUUUUGAAUAAUCUUGGCGUUCUUUAAAUUAAAAUUUACUAUGUACAGGUAGCUUUUUAUUCUCUUUUGGAAAACACUGUCCUUCAACCCUGCUUUCACUACAAAUUUUAAAAUGAUUUUUAUGUGCAAUAUUAUUUAAAAAGAUACACAUUUGUAUACCUGGCAUUGUGGGAAGAAACUCUUCAAACUUAGACCUCUAGCACCUUUGGAGGAUACUCAGCCAACAUUUCUGCAUCCUUUCAGAAGCCAAGCUGAGAGCACUGAGAGCACAUCACCCUCUGCUGUGACAGCCCCAGGAGCACCCGUGGGGCUGUGGGAGUCACUGCUGGUGGCUCUGUCCCUCCCAGGGGACAAAGCCACCUGGGCCUUGGAACCCUGGAGCUGCUGCCCCAGGCUGUGCUGGGUGGGGCAGGGCUGUUUUCAUACAGAUACACAAACGCCCUGCUCAGCUGGAGAUGAGAUUUGCAGUGAGAACUGUUUUUCCAUCAGGCAGUUUGGGUUCUGUGCUUCAGCCUGACCCGAGGUCUAGAUCGAGCCCUGCUAUCGUCUUCUGAGUUUCACACUUGCACAUCGCUUUUUGGUUUGGGUUUUGUUAUUUUUUUUCUUCCUUUUUUAAUUAUAAAACUUUUCCUUUGUAUUUGAAAGCUGCAGCACCUGUCUUGGAAACUUGCAGUUGUAAAACCUUUGCUUUGGUUUGUUGUAUUUUUUGGGUUUUUGUUGUUCUGCUGAGACGUUUUAUGAACGGAGUGUUGGCAGAGGGAAAAAACGUUGCCCGUGUGUUGCAUCUCACAGAAGUUGAAAUCCUGGCCCUGUUGAAGGGGUCAGGGUCUCACCUGGUGUUCCUAGUCUUAACUGAUGCUGUGGCACACCUGCCCUGUGCAGAGAGCUCCAUUUUUUACUGUGACUCUCUCGGUUAACAGUUAGCUGCCAACAUAAGUUGGUAUCCCAGACCAAUGGAGAACCAUUUCAGGUCACAUCCUCGCAGCCAUCUGGGUUGUUCAGCAACCGAAGGGUAUAAAUGUAUUUAUAUGCAUAUAUUGUAUUGAUUCUAAUAUAAAACUUCUGAUCUAAAGCAUUUUGAAUUGCUGGAUAAAGGGAUAUGUUUGAAGAGUGUAUAACUAGUUCUUGAAGAGGUACAGCUUCAGAAUGUACACAGAUUGUGCAUUGUGUAUAGACUACUCUGGCUUUUCCUCAGCCUCUGCUUUUGUAUUAAAAAUAUGACUGAAUAAAUCCUUGAAAUAUUAAGGGCCUUCUGCACUGUGAUGAAACAGAGAUGCGGUUAAAAAUGUCUUUAAAUUCAGUGAUGAGGGAUGAAAUAAAAAGACUGCAUCUAAUCUCUUUUUGCAUUGAAAAGAUGGAAUGUUACUAUGCAGUAAAGAUAUUUUGGUAUGAAAAUUGUAUCAUAUAGCAAAUAGUGAACUCUUAAUAAAUCCACUUACCUUGCAGUCUCUACAGAAACAGAAGAGAAGACAACUUGCUUUUCAGCAUUUCUGUACUGAAGUUUUUUGUAUACUGCAUCAAAAGUUUUAAUUGUUGGUAGAUCUUUUAUCAACAAUUCAAAAUGCAAUUUUUGUACAAGUCCUGGCUACAGAGCUCUGUUUCUAAUUGGUUGCUUGUGUCACAGUGCCAAGACCAUGAGCUGGUGUGUAAUGCAGUUCGGUUAUGUUUGGAAUAAUGUGCAAAGGGAAGUUUAAUUUUUAAAUAUGCACAAACUAAUUUUAAAAUCCUUCCAUGUAAAAUGAAGUUAGAGGCUAGUUGUGGUGGACCUAUUUAUUGUAUGUUUGGAAAUAAAAGCCACAGUUUUGCAUUUAAACCAGU